UUUUGUGUUGAUCAAACUUUGAUGGUAAAAUCUUGACUGUGUUUUGGUUUAAUUUUUGUUAAUUUAAUUGUGUUUUUAUAUUACCUGUGGUAAUUAAUUUAGUCAAUUAUGAAGACUAUUCACGCUAAACAGGAAGUUGUAGUACCAAAAGGAGUCACUGUGACCACUAGACGAGGAAUUGUCCGAGUAACUGGUCCAAGAGGAACCUUAACCCGAAAAUUUUCUCAUGCUCAUCUUCAAUUAUCAAUGAUUGGUAAGAAAAGAUUAUUGGUCCAAAAAUGGUUUGGAAAUAAGAAACAAUUGGCCUUGGUUCGAACAGUGUCAACCCAUGUUGCCAAUAUGAUUAAAGGUGUUACUCUUGGUUAUCGAUACAAGAUGCGAUCAGUCUACAGACAUUUCCCCAUUAACGUUACCAUUAAUGAUGGUGGUAAACUUGUUGAGAUCCGUAAUUUCCUUGGUGAGAAAUUCCUCCGAUCAGUAACCAUGCAACCUGGUGUAACAUGCCAAUUGUCUACUGCUCUUAAAGACGAACUUAUCUUGGAAGGAAAUGACAUCGAAUUGGUUUCAAGAUCAGCAGCUAGGAUCCAACAAUCAACAACUGUCAAAGACAAAGAUAUUCGUAAAUUUUUAGACGGAAUUUACGUUUCGGAAAAGACACAUAUUGAAAAUGUCUAAAUUUCCUAGUAAAACAUUAAAUGUACUAUAUUUAACAAAGAUCAA